AUGCUCACGCCAACCGAGACGGUGGCGAUGGAAUGGGUUUUCUUCGUAUUGGCUUUUGCAUUCCUCCUCGCACGAUUCUGGGUUCGCCUCUCUCUUCGACAGCACCAGGCAUGGAUCUCUGACGUGCUCUUGGUGAUCGGGCUCGUUUGCACCGUCGGAAACAUCAUGUGCGAUACUCUCAUAUACAAGAUCGAUGGGUUACUGGAAUACAAGCAUAUUACCCAGUAUUUGGGCAAGCGCCGGCAGAUUCGAUUCGCCACCAAAUUCUUCUUCGACGCUGGGCUCUACUUCCCGAAGUUCAGCCUGCUCAUGAGCUAUGCCACGAUGGUACCGGUGACCGAGCCGAGGAUGCGCAUUUUUCUGGGAUGCAUCGCAGUGUAUCUUGUCCUCGCGUGUCUGACAGCCGUCCUUUCCGACUUGUUUUGGUGUGGCAAAGACGUAUCUAUUAAUUGGCUGAAUCCACACAAAUGCUCCUCAUUUUCAAAUCCUCACCUGCAGAAGGUGACCUGGACAAUGAACAUAACCGGCGAGCUUUUGCUAUUCGUCUUUCCUUUCCCCAUCCUCAACAGCUUGAAGUUCACCCAGCUCAGGGAGAAGAUCGGGCUCGGCUUGAUCUUCGCUCUCGGUUUCUUCACCAUACUUGUUAGCACUGGCAGGUUCAUGUUCAUGAUCUUCUUGACCAACGAUAUAUCGUUAUCUGUAUGGACCACCGUCGAAAUGAGCAUAUCUGUCAUGGUUGUGAGCCUGAUGGCCAUGCGACCAUUGCUCCGACGCUUCGGACAGGCGGUGACAAAGACAAUCUCCAGGAUAAAAAAGGACUCGACAGACCAACGGAACAAAGAACCCAGGCUUCCGUCCAACGAAGGGGACAUGAGCGAUGAGAAGGCGCCCUUGCCUUAUAAUACGGACAGGUGGUGGAAGUGGCCCGUGGACCUGGACGUCAACAACAUGUCGGUGACGACUCAGUCUGGAAGCGCGGGGACGCAGCGGACAGGCAUGUCGACGCAGGUCUCGACGAGGGCUUCAAAACUGUCCCACAACGCGACUAGGCACGACACCGCGGGCACGGGCUUGCUGUUGAGCGAAGAGCCGCUGGGUCCGUUGGAGAUGGACGCGCAGGAGGUUCAGAUGCUGGGGAACGUGGUGAUCGAUAGCGACCACGAAGGCCUGCCGUACGGAGCUUGA